ACACACACACAGACACAUACAUAAAAAAUGUCAAAAAAAACUAAAAAAGAAGAAAGACGUGCUAAACUAAUGGAUCCAACUACCACGGCACAGAUUGAUGAACGUACGAUGUUAGUGUUUACGAAAAAAGGUUAUCGUCUAUUGACCAUUAUUGGUUUCGGUUCUUAUGGCGAAGUUUAUAAAGCCGAACGAAGCCGUACAAAUGAAAUUUGUGCAGUGAAAAUUAUCGAUCUGUUGCGUUGUAGUCAAAAGUAUAUGCAAAAAUUUCUGCCACGUGAAUUGGCUGCAUUGAUGGAAACACGGCAUGAGAAUAUAAUUCGUGUAUAUGAUAUAAUCCGUUCGAAUAAAAAAAUCUAUGUAUUCAUGGAAUUUGCUUCCAAUGGUGAUCUGGCUAAAUAUCUCAAACAACAUGGUGCACUAAUCGAAAGACGAGCUAGAAUUUGGUUCAAACAAGCAAGCAGAGCACUUAAUUAUCUUCAUGAAGAAAUGUGGACAGCACAUCGUGAUAUUAAGAUUGAAAAUAUAUUGCUCAAUGAAAAUUGGAAAGUUAAAUUAACGGAUUUUGGUUUCGCCACCGAUGUACUUGAUAUGAAUGAUGAGAAUAUUUUGAGUGAAACAUUCUGCGGUACAUUACCAUACUAUUGUCCACAGAUUUUUCAAAGACAGCCAUACAAUCCAUUCAAAGCCGAUACAUGGGCUAUGGGUGUUCUGUUGUAUGCUAUGACACAUAAUCGAUUUCCAUUCCAUCAUCGUGAUCCUAAACGAAUGAUGAUUGAACAUAUGGAUAAAUCAUACAUCAUUUCCAGAAUACGUGAAAAUAUUUCAGAAGAAUUGAAAGAUCUAAUUUUGAAAUUGUUGGAAAUGAACGAAGAACGACGAUUGACUGCCACACAAAUCUUGACUCAUCAAUGGUUAUUGAGCGAAGAUACAAUGAGCGAAUUGGACAAAUAACAGAAUAAUUAUUAUCGAUUAUUUUCUCGAAUAAAUCAAACACAAUAAAAACAUGUAAAUUAAUUU